AGAGCGACAGCGUGCUGCGACUAUGGCACUAUUCCACGUAGCGCGGUACGCAGGCCCGGAGGCUUCCGGACUGGGGGGUGCAGAGGUAGAGGCGGGUAGCCGGUCACGAGUGCUGCUCUAGCGGCUGCAGAACCGAGCCGGUGAGCGGCAGCAGCAGAAACCGAAGCCUGAACCCGCCGGGGAGGCCGCGGAAGCGGCAGGUAGGCGGCGUCGACGGCCCCGGCGGCGGCGUGGCUGCUCUGUGGCUCAGAGCCCGGAGGCCCCUAGGGCGAAGCGGCAGAAAGCGGACUACAGUGUGCAUGCAGGGAGAGGCGAAGAGUCGCCUGGAGAGCUCAACACCGACUUAGAGGACUCAGGUGAGAAGCCCCCGGAGGAGGCCCCGAGACCCCCGGCUCCAGGGCCUGUGCUGGGGGACUUUGCAAGAAGGAAGACACUGAAGGUCCAGCCUUUCCUGCCAGCAUGGCUGGCAAAGCCAAACUGUGUCAAGAAGAGCGUCACUGAGGAUCUUACUCCUAUCGAAGACAUCCAUGAGGUUCACCCUGACUUGCAGAAGCAGCUGAGGGCUAAUGGCAUCUCUUCCUACUUUCCAGUCCAGGCAGCUGUGAUUCCUGCCCUCUUGGAGAGUGCAGAUAGUGGGUUUCUAGUAGGCAGAGGUGGAUACCAACCUAGUGACCUCUGUGUGUCUGCCCCAACGGGCAGUGGGAAAACACUGGCAUUUGUUGUCCCUGUGGUACAAGCCCUGCUGCAUCGAGUGGUCUGCCACAUCCGUGCACUGGUUGUGCUUCCUACUAAGGAGCUGGCCCAACAGGUGAGCAAAGUAUUCAACAUCUACACGGAUACCACACCUCUGCGGGUUGCUUUGGUGACUGGACAGAAGUCACUGGCCAAGGAGCAGGAGAGCCUUGUCCAGAAGACGGUAGAUGGUUACCGAUGCCUGGCUGAUAUUGUGGUGGCCACACCUGGCCACCUGGUGGACCACAUUGACCAGACCCCAGGAUUCAGCCUCCAGCAGCUCCGCUUCCUGAUCAUUGAUGAGGCUGACCGGAUGAUAGACAGCAUGCACCAGUCCUGGCUGCCCAGAGUGGUGGCAGCAGCCUUCUACAGUGCAGGCCCCUCAGGCUCCUGUGCCCUACUCCAGAGGACACAGCCCCAGGCUGUGACUGCUGCCAGCACUUGCUCUCCCCAGAUGCCUCUACAGAAGUUACUAUUCUCAGCCACACUGACCCAGAACCCUGAGAAACUGCAGCGGCUUGGCCUCCACCAGCCAAGGCUUUUUUCCACAAAGCUGGGACACAGUGGCCCUAAAGACACAGUUGAGAUGGAUGGAAACUUUGGAGGGAAGUACACCUUCCCUGUGGGGCUCACGCACCACUAUGUACCCUGUAAACUCAGCUCGAAGCCACUUAUUGUCUUACACCUGGUCCUUGGGAUGAACUUCUCAAGGGCCCUUUGCUUCACUAACUCUCGAGAGAAUUCCCACAGGCUCUUCCUG